CCAUUGCUUUGCCCCGGGCCUAUGGGGGCCAGCGUUGGACUGGAGGUGUCUGACUGCCCCAGGGAUGCUCUGCCACGGCUGAGGGUGGAACGCUAAAGGGAAGCCAUCCAAGAUCCUCAUCUCACUGAGCUCCACAGCUUGGAGGGAGACUUCUGUCAGGGGAAGUGGACUCGCUGCAAAGAGACCAUGGCUUCAUCCCGACUAGUGGCAAGAUCUAGAGACAUUGCCAAUGUCAUGCAACGGCUUCAAGAUGAGCAAGAAUCAGUGCAGAAACGGACUUUCACAAAAUGGAUCAAUACUCAUCUGGCUAAGCGCAAUCCUCCCAUGCUGGUGAAUGACCUGUUUGAAGAUAUCAAAGAUGGGGUAAUGCUAAUUGCCCUUUUGGAGGUUCUUUCAGGGCAGAAGCUGCCUUGUGAGCAGGGACGUCAGCUGAAGAGAAUUCACUGGGUUGCCAACAUUGGCACAGCUCUUAAGUUUCUAGAAGGUAGACGGUCCGUAUACAGAGGAUCUCCGAUUAAGCUUGUCAACAUAAACUCAACUGAUAUUGCUGAUGGCAGGCCUUCUAUUGUGCUUGGCUUGGUGUGGACCAUAAUUUUAUAUUUUCAGAUUGAAGAGCUUACAAGCAACCUCCCACAGCUGCAGCCCUUGUCUAGCAGUGCUUCUUCUGUGGAAAGUGUUGUCAGUUCAGAAACUGCAAGUCCCCCAAGCAAACGGAAGGUGGUAACCAAGGUCCAAGGAAGUGCCAGGAAGGCUUUGUUAAAAUGGUUACAGUACACAGCAGCAAAGCAAGUUGGAAUUGAAAUCAAAGAUUUUGGACAAAGUUGGAGGAGUGGUGUUGCAUUUCAUUCUGUUAUUCAUGCUAUCCGCCCAGAUUUAGUGGACAUGGAGAAAGUGAGGGGAAGGUCAAAUAGAGAAAACCUGGAAGAAGCCUUCACAAUUGCAGAAGCAGAACUAGGAAUCCCAAGGCUCCUUGACCCAGAAGAUGUGGAUGUUGAAAAGCCAGAUGAAAAGUCUGUCAUGACCUAUGUAGCCCAGUUUUUGAAGUACUAUCCCGAUCCUCAUCACACAGUGACUGAUGUGCCAGAGAAUGAUAAGGAAGACAGACUGGUGCUAAGAGACCUAAAAGUGUGGGCAGAACAAUUUGAAAGAGACAUAGCUCGAGCACAGAUGGCUGAAACAAGCUUACAAGAGAAGUAUCAGUCAUUUAAGCAUUUCAGAGUACAAUAUGAGGUAAAAAGGAAACAGUUCGAACUGGCAACCCAGUCAGUAAGGAAAGAUGGUAAAUUAUCACUUGAUCAAGCUGUGGUGAAGCAAGCGUGGGAGAGAGUUACUUCCAGGAUGCUUGAUUGGCACAUACACCUUGAUAAAUCCCUUCCUGCACCUCUGGGUACCAUAGGUGCUUGGCUCUACAGGGCAGAGGCUGCUCUGAGGGAAGAAGUAACUGUUCAGCAAGCUCACGAGGAAACAGCAAACACUAUACACAGGAAGCUGGAACAACAUAAGGAUCUGCUGAAAAACAUAGAUGGUCACAAAAAGGCGUUCCAUGAGAUCCACAGGACCAGGUCUGUUAAUGGCGUGCCUGUUCCACAUGACCAGUUAGAGGAUAUGGCAGACAGGUUUAAUUUUGUUGUCUCUUCAUCUGAGCUCCAUCUGUUGAAGAUGGAGUUUCUGGAACUGAAGUACCGUCUACUAUCACUCUUAGUCUUUGCAGAAUCAAAGUUAAAAUCGUGGAUCAUCAAAUACGGAAGGCGAGAGUCCGUGGAACUGCUUCUUCAAAAUUAUAUUUCUGUUAUUGAAAAUAGUAAGUUCUUUGAGCAGUAUGAAGUUACCUACCAGAUCUUAAAACGAGCAGCUGAAAUGUAUGCCAAGGCAAAUGGCUCAGUGGAAGAAGUUGAGAAUGUGAUGAAAUUCAUGAGUGAUACUACAGCUCAGUGGAGGAACCUCUCAGUAGAGGUGAGAAGUGUAAGAAGCAUGCUGGAAGAAGUAAUUGCUAAUUGGGACAGAUACAGCAGCACUGUGGCGGGUCUACAAGCUUGGCUUGAAGAUGCUGAAAAAAUGCUGAAUCAGCCUGAACAUUCCAAAAAGGAUUUCUUCCGGCACUUACCUCAUUGGAUCCAACAGCACACAGCCAUGAAUGAUGCUGGUAAUUUUCUAAUUGAAACAUGUGAUGAGACCAUUUCCAGAGAUCUUAAACAACAGCUUCUGUUGCUAAAUGGAAGAUGGAGAGAACUGUUUAUGCAAGUUAAGCAGUAUGCUCGAGCAGAUGAGCUGGACAAAAUUAGGAAGGAGUAUGCGGAUGGUGUGGCCCAUUUGACAGCUUUUAUUGAUGGAAGCAAUACGAAAUUUUCAGCCCCUGUAGAAGUGUCCUUUCAUGAUGUCAAAACGUUUGUGCAAGAUUUAGAAAAUAUUAAGCAGAAAUUGCCUGCAAUGGAAGCUCAGUACAAAGCGGUUACAAGAACGGUGCAACUUGUUACAAAAGAAGUUUCCCAAGAGGAAGCGAAUGAAAUGAUGGGAACUUUGACACGGCUCAAAGAGCAGCUGGGCAAGGUUAAGGAGUAUUCCAGCACCCUCCUGUAUGAAUGCCAACGUCUGCUGUCUCCACUGGAAGAACUGGAAAAACAAAUCACACAUUUUUAUGAAUCUCUUGAAAAAGUAAAUGAAAUAAUUUCUAUAGUGGAUCCUGAAGCACAACCAACAACUGUUCUUAAACAAAAAGCCCAAGAUUUGGUAGCUUAUCAAGAAAACUGCAAGAAAGAUGUGUCCCUAAUUGAGAGAAAUAGUCAGAGUAUCCUUCAGUGUGUGGCUUCGACUGAAGUGUUACAGCAUUUCCAUCAGUCAACAUUUCAGAAGAAAGUUACACAAGUUCAGAUUACUUUUCAGAAUAUGGUCAGGAAAGCUGGUGAGUGGAGAAAAAACAUAGAAGCAAAUAGCCGUUUGAUGAAGAAAUUUGAGGAGUCUAGAGCAGAACUGGAGAAAGUAAUACAGAUUGCCAAUUGUUGCUUAAAAGAAAAAGGAAAUCCUGAAGAACUUCUCAGGAAACAUAGCGAAUUUUUUAACCAGUUGGAUCAGAGAGUCCUAAAUGCCUUUCUGAAAGCAUGUGAUGAACUUACUGAUAUCCUCCCAGAGCAAGAGCAACACAGCCUGCAGGAAGCUGUGAGGAAACUCCAUAGGCAGUGGAAGGAUCUUCAAACAGAAGCCCCAUAUCAUUUGAUCCACUUGAAAAUUGAAGUACAGAAAAGCAAGUUCCUGGUGACAGUGGAGGAGUGCAAAGCUGAGCUAGCUCGACAGAACAAGGUGUUAUCAAGAGAAGGCAAUGAAAGAAUGAUCAAGGAGCACAUGUUGUUCUUCGGCGACAGGGGCUCUUUCCACCUGUGUGAGAAAAGGCUACAACGAAUGGAAGAGCUGUGCCAAAAGCUGCCAGUUUCUGAUCCAGUGAGGGGUACUUUGGAAAGCAGCCAGCGAAUCCUGAAGGAUCUGAAAUCCCAGAUAGACAGCACAUACACAAAGCUAACCGAGCACUCGGACACCUGGAAGGGCUAUAAGAGCAGAUUUUCUGAAUUGUCAAAUUGGAUUUCAUCAACAGAAAGAGAGCUAAAGAAGAUAAAGGAAAAUGUUAACGAUACUGCCAAAUACAAGCAGUGUAAAGCAUCUGUGGGGGAAAUUAGGAAGCAUAUUCACAAGCAUGGAGAAAAUCACAGCUGGCUGAAAUCUAGACUUGCUGUUCUGACCACACUAUGUCCUGAUUUGGAGGCCAAAGAGACAGAGGAUGAGUUUAGUAAACUUUCCAGUGACUUCAAGAGACUUCUAGAUUUGCUGGCUGAGAUUGAAAAUACCUUAGGUGCUGUUGGAGACUGUGUCCAGUACAAAGAAGAAGUCAAAAGUGCAAUUGAAGAGUUAAUCAGCAACUCCAAAGAAGUGCAAGCAGAGGCUGAAAAGAUCCUGGAUACAGAAAGUUUAUUACAAGCUCAGCAGCUACUGCUUCAUCAUCAGCAAAGGACAAGGAGACUCCGUGCAAAAAGACAAGAUGUGCAAAAGCAGAUUUCCCAAGCCAAGCGCUUGCAGGUUGAGGGUGGACUGCCCAGCACAGUACGAGAGGAUUUACAAAAAUUAGAGGGAACUUUGGAGAACAUGCAGCAGACUAUGGAGAAACGGGAAGAGCAACUGCAGGUCACAAUAAAUAAAUGGGAGCAGUUUGAAAGAGACAAAGAAACAGUAGUAAAAUAUCUCAAUCAAGCAAGCUCUGUACUUGAACGUAUCCUAAACUUUAGCAGUUUAGAGAGCCUCUCCUCAGAACUGGAUCAGACAAAGGAACUUUCUAAACAAACUGAAGCAAUGGCAGUACAGGCUGAGAAUUUGGUGAAGAAUUCCUCUGAAAUACAGCUUGGUUCAAAGAACAAGCAGUCCCUUCAGCAUCAGGCAAAAUCAAUCCAAGAACAAGUGAAAAAAGUGGAAGUUACUCUUGAAGAAGAUAUUAAAAGCAUGGAAAUGGUGAAAAACAAAUGGGAUCAUUUUGGCAAUAAUUUUGAAGCUCUGUCCAUCUGGAUAGCUGAACAAGAAAAAGAACUGGAAACUUUGGAAACAUCAUCAUCUCCUUUGGACAUACAGAUAAGCCGAAUCAAGGUUAUUAAUAAAGAAAUAGAUGGUAAAAUAACUGGAAUCUCAAGUCUAGAAGAGGAAGCCAAGUCUUUUUCCCAGUUUGUUACCUCUGGAGAACGCGCACGUAUUAAAGCCAAACUGACUCAGGUUAAAAGGUAUUGGGAAGAACUAAGAGAUCAUGCACAGAGACUGGAAGGAACUAUCACAGGGAAUGCAUCAGCCCAGCAGAAAUAUGAAGAAAGUCUUAAACAGGUGCAGCAGUCAGUGUCUGAAUUUGAAGCUAAGUUAGCUGAGCCUCUCACAUGGUGCUCUUCAGCAGCAGCAACAUACACAGCCCUUCAGGACUGCACGGACCUUUGUCAUGCUGUGGAAAAGCUGAGCAACCCUCUGGCCUCUCUCUCAGCUGGUGUCCGAAAGGUGGCCAACAAAGAAAAAGCUGCUCAAGAGGUCACAGCAUUACAGCAGAAAUAUGAAAAAGUGCUGGAAAGUGCUAAGGAGAAGCAGAGCUUGUUAGAGAAUCUUCUGGCUCAGUGGCAGAAGCAGGAGAAGGAGCUGUCUGCCUUCCUGGCCUGGUUGGAGGGGUGUGAAGCUACAGGCAGGUCUUCAGAGCAGUAUGUUUCUGCCGACAGAAGUAAGCUGGAAGGUGAACUGCAGACACUGCAGGAUUUGCGAGCAGAUAUUGAGUCCCAUACUUCAGUUUAUGAGAGCCUUUUACAGUUAAAUGAGUCGCUGUUUCCAACAGCUUCAAAGCAGUGUGUGAAAACAAUAAAAGAAAAAUUUGAAGAUCUGGAUGAAAGGUGGAAAGCUUUACCACAAAUUGUUGAUAAAAGGAUCAACUUCCUUCAAUCGCUUGUUGCUGAGCAUGGGCAGUUUGAUGAGCUCCUGCUCAGGUUUUCAGACUGGAUUAAGCAAUUUCUUGCUGAACUACAAACCACUUCAGAGAUAAACACAGCUGAUCAACAACUAGCUGCAUCUCACAAUAAGAACCACUCAAUGGAAGUCGAAAGUAGGAAACAAGAGUUGCAAAGUCUGAAGGAGCAUGUAGAGAGAUUGGGUUCUUUCAGUAGCCCAGAGGACCAGCAGACAUUGCAGGGAAAGACUGAAGAUUGCUUUCAGAUCUUCCAGGAGGCAAGUCAAAUAACUAGCCAAAGACAGGAUGCCCUGGACCAGUUGCGAGUAUUCCUGGAGCUCCAUAGUGCAGCAUCAGGAGUGCUCCACCAGCUGAGGCAGACGGUGGAGAAAACAGGAAAUAUGGAUAAAGCUAAAUCGGAGUUACUGGAGAAGGAACUCAAUGGUGCUAUUAAGGACCUUAACAAGUUGGAAACUGAUGCUGUGAGUUUGGAUGGUUCCCUUACUAAGGCUCAAUAUCAUCUGAAACACAGCAUUUCUGGGCAGAGGACCUCCUGCAGGGCUAUGGUGGAUAACCUGGGUGUGGAACUGGAGGCAAUUCAAAACCUGCUGGGAACCAAACAAAGUGAGGCAGAAGCUCUUGGAGCCUUGCAGAGAUCUUUCAUGGAGCGUAAAGAGCAGUUACUGAAGAGCAUUGAAGAUACUGAGGAAAGGGCUGACAAGGAGGGCCUGAAGGAGACAACCCUACAAUCCUUCCAGCAAAGAUUGAGGAUCUUUAACCAGUUAGAUGAAGAAUUGAAUUCUCACCAGCAUGAACUCCAGUGGCUCAUGGACAAGGCAAAACAAAUAGCCCAAAAAGAUAUCACACUUGCUCCUGAGACUGACAAAGAGAUAAAUCGUUUAGACUCUCUGUGGAAGGAUACCAAGAAAGCUAUACAUGAAAAAAAGGAGCAGUCCUAUGUUCUGAUCGAUCUGAUGAAGGAAUAUCAGAGCUUGAAGUCAACAGUAAUGAAAGUCAUUGACAGUGCUAACAGUGCUUCUGUCACCAAAUCCAUAUGGAAGGAUCAUGAAGAUGUCAGGCGAACAUUAUCAAAGCAUGAAGCUGCCAAGAAUGAUCUGAGUGAUAAACAAAAAGACCUGGAUGCUUUCACUAACAAAGGAAAACAUUUGCUAGCAGAACUGAAAAGAGUGCAAAACUGCGACUCCACUGCGCUGAAAACAGAUAUGAACUCCACGGUGGACAAAUGGCUAGAUGUGUCUGAAAGAAUUGAUGACAGCAUUGACCGACUGAGUGUAAGUGUGUCUCUAUGGGAUGACAUCCUGAAAACUGGAGAUGAAUUGGAUGGAUGGUGUAAUAAGUGCAUUUCUCAACUGAAUGAAGGCAUCAACAACUUCAGUAACAGUCAGAGAAUGGAGAUUCUUCUGAAAGAUUUCCAGUCUGAAGUCAAGAAUAAAGAACUGAAGUUGGAGCAACUUAGUUCCAAAAUUUCAGAACUCAAAGAACUGACCCAUAGUCAGGAGCCUCCUGCAGAUCUCCAGUUUAUAGAAUCAGAUGUGAGGCAGAAGUUGGAACAUGCCAAAGAAUUAUCAGAGACAGCAAAAGAGAUGCUGAAAGAUUUCAGUGCUCAGAAGAUGCAGUUACAGAAGCUGAUUGGUCAGAUGACAGACUGGCUAACUCAAGUGGAAGAGACUCUGUUAAGCUGUGCACGUAACCUGGAUCCUGAAGCUCUUAGUAAACUAAAGGAAACACAAAAGGACCUUCAGCUUCAGCAAAACAGCAUUGACUCAACGCGGGAGACACUCAACAGCCUCUGUCGCAAAUACCAUUCGGUGGAGCUGGAAGCUCUCGGUGGCACUGUCACUUUGUUAAUAAAGAAGUAUGAAGCUGUGAAUCUGCUCUGUUCCAGGACACAGGCCAGGAUGCAGGAGUCCUUGGAAAAACAUUUCCUCUACUCUAUGCAAGAAUUCCAGGAAUGGUUUUCUGGUGUGAAGGCUGCAGUAAAAGAAUCAUCUGACAGGUCUGGGGACAGCAAGGCCAUAGAGGCAAAGCUACAUGACUUGCAGGGUGUGCUGGACUCUAUUAGUGAAGGACAGAAAAAAUUAGAUGCUGCCUGCAAGGAAGGAGAAAGUUUAUAUUGCUGUUUACCCAAACCAGUUGUGAGCCAUAUUCAGGAGCAAAUAGCAAAGUCUAACCAGAACUUCCAGGAGUUUCUCAACCAGUGUCUGAAUGACAAGAAGGCCCUGGAAGCUUGUGCCUCACACCUGGGAAACUUUGAAGAUCAGUACAAGAAGCUUGCCCUGUGGAUGCAUGACAUGGAAGAAAGAAUAAGCACAGAAGCAUUUGGAGAGAGCAAACAGCUUGUUUCUGAGAAGAAAAAGGAGGUGCAGAAAGUGGAAAAGUUCCUGGAAGAGUUGCUGAAUUCAAGGGAUUCUUUUGAUCAGCUCUCUCAAAUGGCACAGACUUUAAAUGAAGAAGGCCAUGGUGCUGGGAGGGAAGUACGUCUGGCGUCUCAACAUCUCACCAAUUAUCAAAACAUGGUCAAAAAUGUCAAGGAGAAGCUGAGGACAAGUCAGCUUGCACUCCAGGAGCAUCUCAAUUUUGAGGAGGCAUUGCAGAGUAUGUGGUCAUGGGUGAAAGAGGUUCAAGAUAAACUGGCAUCAUCACAGAGCACUCUUGGAAGCAAAGCCACCCUGGAAAGACGAUUGACACAAAUUCAGGAGAUCCUCUUACUCAAAGGUGACGGUGAGGUUAAGCUGAACAUGGCCAUUGGCAAAGGAGAACAAGCACUUAAAAGCAGCAAUGAGGAAGGACAAAAAGUGAUACAAACCGAGCUCCAGACACUGAAGGAUGUUUGGAAUGACACCAUCAGUACCUCAGUGAACUGGCAGAGCUGCCUAGAUUCUGUCAUUAGCCAGUGGAAUGACUAUCUGGAAAGGAAAAACCAGCUGGAACAGUGGUUGGAGAAUUUGGAUCACAAAGUGGAGCAGCCUUUAGAGCCACAGACUGGUCUGAAGGAGAAGUUUGCUCAGCUGGACCAUUUCCAGGCUAUUGUUUCAGAGAUAGAGGAUCACUCGGGUGAUUUGCAGCAACUCAUUGAAAAAGCUGUGGAACUACAUGAAAAAACAGGGGAUGAUUCCUUCGGAGAUGCAGCUCAAGAAGAACUAAAAACACAGUUUAAUGACAUCACAACUGUUGCCAAGGAGAAAAUGAGGAAAGUGGAAGAUAUCGUGAAAGAUCAUUUGCUUUAUCUGGAUGCUGUGCAUGAAUUCACAGACUGGCUUCAUUCUGCAAAGGAAGAGCUUCACCGCUGGUCAGAUGCAUCUGGAGACACACCAACCAUACAAAAAAAGCUGGCCAAAAUCAAUCUGAAGACAGUUUCAGCAGUGCUGUUUAACCCCCUCAAGCUGCUGACUGGGUUUUACUCCAACCCGGUUCCCGGUUGCCGUCAGGGAGCCGCGGCUCGGGGCGGUGCGGGGCGCUGGGAACGGGACGGGACGGGACGGGAUGUGAUGGGACGGGAUCUGGCCGCCUGGGCACGGGGGCUGGCCCCCGCCGACAGCCGCAGCACGGACGCCGAGGUGGUGGAGAGCUGGCGCAAGGAGAAAGAAACAUUGGAUGCUCUAGUAAAGUCUGAACAAAUGACAGAUGAGAUCAAAACUCAGUUAAAUGAUCUUUGUAGAUUUUCCAGGGAUUUAAGUACUCAUUCUUCAAAAGUUUCAGGGUUGAUUAAGGAGUAUAACAGCCUCUGCCUGCAAGCUUCAAAAGGAUGUCAGAGCAAAGAGCAGAUCUUGCAGCAAAGGUUUCGGACGGCUUUCAGGGAUUUUCAGCAGUGGCUGGUCAAUGCAAGAGUCACCACUGCCAAAUGCUUUGAUGUGCCUCAAAAUAUCAGUGAAGCUUCAGCAAGUCUGCAGAAAAUACAGGAAUUCUUAUCAGAAAGUGAGAAUGGGCAACAAAAGCUAAACCUAGUGGCAUCCAAAGGAGAACUGCUGUGCUCUGUUUUACCAAACGAAAAAGCAAAAGUUAUCCAGGACAAAUCUGCUGCUGCUAAAGAAGAUUGGAAAAAUUUUAUCACCACACUCCACCAGAAGAAAUCUGCAUUGGAGAACUUAAAGAUCCAGAUGAAGGACUUUGAAGCAACUGCUGAGCCUCUGCAGGAGUGGCUGACCACGACUGAGAAGAUAGUGCAAGGGAGUAGCAGUCGGCUCCAUGAUCUUCCUUCCAAGAGGAGAGAACAGCAGAAGCUGCAGUCUGUCCUUGAGGAAAUAAGCUGCCACGAGCAUCAGCUCAACAGGCUAAAAGAGAAAGCUCAGCAGCUGUGGGAAGAACAAGCUGUCAGCAAAAGCUUUAUGCGCAGAGUGUCUCAGUUGUCUUCUCAGUAUCUUACUCUAAGCAAUCUGACAAAGGAGAAAGUUUCCAGAAUGGAUAGGAUUGUAGCAGAGCACCAGCAGUUCUCACAGAGUGUCAAGGACCUCCAGGACUGGGUUGCUGAUGCAGUUCACAUGCUGGAUUCCUACUGUCAUCCUACUGCAGACAAGAGCGUUCUGGACAGCCGGAUGUUAAAACUAGAGGGCCUGCUAGCAGUGAAACAAGAAAAAGAAGUCCAAAUGAAAAUUGUUCUGACAAGAGGAGAAUCUGUUCUGCAAAAUACUUCUCUGGAGGGAGUACCAGUGAUUGAAGGCCAAUUGCAAAAUCUGAAGGACAGCUGGGCUUCUCUUCUGUCUGCUUGUAUCCAGUGCAAGAGUCAACUGGAAGGAGCUCUCUCCAAAUGGACAAGUUACCAGGAAGAUGUUAAUCAGUUUUCCAGAUGGAUGGAAAAAGUAGAAGCAACGAUGAAUGCUUCUGAAAGGCAAUAUGCUGAAUUGAGGGAAAAAACAGCUGCCCUCAGCAAAGCAAAGCUACUCAAUGAAGAGGUGUUGAGUCAUAACAGCCUGUUAGAGACUAUUGAAGUGAAAGGAAAGGGGAUGGCUGAGCAUUACAUUGCUCAGCUUGAGCUGCAAGACCUCCAGGAGAGGUAUAAGUUCCUCAAAGAAAGAACAAAGGAGGCUGUAACAAAAACUGAAGGACUGCUUACCUUACACCAAGAGUACCAAAGAAAUCUGAAAGCUUUUGAAGUAUGGCUGGAGAAGGAGCAGGAAAAACUUGACUGUUUAUCACAUCUUGAUGGUGAUGCCCAGGAACAGGAGGCAACACUCCGGGAUUUACAGGAGCUGCAGGUCCACUGUGCAGAGGGACAAGCAUUAUUGAAUGCUGCUGUUCAUGCCAGAGAGGAGGUGAUUCCCUGGGGUAUUCCCCAGAUAGAAGACAGAGCCCUGGAAUCCUUACGGCAGGAUUGGCAGGUUUAUCAGCACAGGCUUUCUGAAGCAAGAAGCCAAUUAAAUGCCACUGUGAGCAAACUGAGGUUAAUGGAGAAAAAAUUUCAGAAGGUUAAUGACUGGUUAACAAACCUGGAGGAGAAAGUUGCUAUCAGGACUGGGAGAAGGUCUGGUAGAGCAACAAAGGAAAUGCAGCUUCAACAAAUGAAGAAGUGGCAUGAAGACAUUAUAGUCUACAAAGAUGAUGUAGAGGAAGUUGGGGUAUUGGCUCAGCAAAUACUAGAGGAAAAUCUCACUGCAAGUAGAAUGGGAAGUCAGGCUACGCAGCUUACAUCUCGCUACCAAACUCUUCUUCUUCAUGUCUUGGAGCAAGUAAAGUUUCUGGAAGAAGAAAUACGCUGUAUGGAGGAGUCAGAAUUGUCUUUUAGUGCUUACACAAAUUGGUAUGGAGCUACGAACAAGAACUUCAAAAAUGUGAUCACCAAAUUUGACGUGGUUGAUAAAACAGUAAUGGAGAAAAAAGUGCAGAAACUAGAGGUGCUCUUGAGUGAUAUGGACAUAGGCCACAGUUUACUGAAAUCAGCCCGAGAGAAGGGGGAGCGAGCUAUAAAAUACAUGGAAGAAAAUGAAGUUGACCAGUUAAGAAAGGAAAUUGGAGAUCAUGUGGAGCAGCUUGAAGAGCUGGCUGGCUCCAUCAGGAAAGAGCACAUGACUUCAGAGAAGUGUCUUCAGCUGGUAAAAGAGUUCUCAGACAAGUAUAAGGCCCAAACUCAGUGGGUCGUGGAGUACCAAGGCAUCUUACAUGCUCCUGUGGAGCCAAAGAGUGAACUCUAUGAGAAGAAGGCACAGUUGUCCAAAUACAAGUCUAUACAACAGACUGUUCUGUCUCAUGAGCCCUCAAUAAAGUCAGUGAUUGAAAAGGGAGAGGCACUUUGUGAUCUGGUGAAUGAUGUGACUCUAAAGAACAACAUUCAAGACCUUCAGAGCAGUUACCAGGAACUCUGCACCAAAACAAAGGCAUACGUUGAAACCUUAGAGGUGAGAGUAAAAGAACAUGAGGAUUACAAUAGUGAUUUGCAAGAAGGGGAGAAAUGGUUAUUACAUAUGUCCAGCAGAUUGGCCAGCCCUGACCUCAUGGAAAGCAGCAGUCCUGAAGUAAUCACUCAGCAACUAGCUAACCACAAGGCUAUUAUGGAAGAAAUUACAGGAUUUGAAGAUCGUUUGAACAACCUUAAGAGUAAGGGUGAUUACCUGAUUAGUCAAUGCUCAGAACAUCUUCAAGCAAAAUUUAAGCAAAAUAUACAAAGCCAUCUGCAGGGGACAAGGGACAGCUAUUCUGCCAUAUGUAGCACAGCCCAAAGAGUGUACCAGACUUUGGAACAUGAGCUCCAGAAGCAUGUUAAUCAUCAGGAUACUCUUCAGCAGUGCCAGACUUGGCUGUCUACAGUGCAGUCAGAGCUGAAGCCAACUACUUGGACGGCUUUCAGCCUGGCAGAUGCAGUUAAAAAGGUUAAACAUUUCCGGGCUCUGCAGGAGCAAGCCAAUACAUACUUGGAUCUUCUGUGCUCCAUGUGUGAUCUGUCAGAUGCCACAGUGAAGAGUACAGCAGCAGAUAUUCAACAAACAAAACAAACGAUUGAGCAACAGAUAAUGCACUCACAGUAUUUGUCUCAAGGCUGGGAAGAGAUCAAACAGUUGAAGGCUGAGCUCUGGAUAUAUUUCCAGGAUGCGGAUCAACAACUACAGAAUUUAAAAAGGAGACGGGCAGAGUUGGAGAUAAAUAUUGCCCAGAAUAUGGUACUCCAGGUUAAGGAAUUCAGUCAGAAGUUGCAGUCUAAGCAGUCAGCUCUCACCUCUGUGACUGAGAAAAUGAACAAACUAACCCAAGGACAGGAAUCACCUGAACACAAGGAAAUAGGAGAACUGAGCAACCAGUGGCUAGACCUCUGCCUUCAGGCACAUAAUUUGCUCAUGCAGAGGGAGGAGGAUCUGCAGAGGACAAGGGAUUACCAUGAUCGUAUGAAUGUGGUUGAAGUUUUCCUGGAAAAGCUCACGAAAGAGUGGGACAACCUGGCUAGAUCUGAUGCUGAAAGUACAAAUGUGCACCUCGAAGCUUUGCAAAAACUGGCAAUUGCACUACAGGAAAGGAGAUUUGCUCUGGAAGAUUUGAAAGAUCAGAAGCAGAAGAUGAUAGAACAUUUGAAUCUUGAUGACAAAGAAUUAGUAAAGGAGCAAUUCAGUCAUUUUGAACAACGCUGGACUCAGCUGGAAGACCUUGUCAAACGGAAAAUUCAAGUUUCUGUUUCAACCUUAGAGGAGCUUAGCUUGGUACAUUCCAGAUUUCAGGAACUAAUGGAAUGGGCAGAGGAACAGCAACCUAGUGUCUCAGAGGCUCUUAAACAGAGCCCUCCUCCAGAUAUGGCUCAGAGUCUUCUCAUGGAUCAUCUUACCAUUUGCAGUGAGCUUGAAGCCAAACAGCUUGUUCUGAAGAUGCUUGUGAAGGAUGCUGACAGGGUGAUGACCAACCUAGGGCUCAAUGAAAGGCAAGAACUGCAGAAAACAGUGUCUGAUGCACAGCACCAUGUGGCUUGUCUCAGCGAUCUGGUUGGCCAGAGGAGAAAACACCUGAAUAAAGCGCUGUCUGAAAAGACCCAAUUUCUCAUGGCAGUCUUUCAGGCUACAAACCAAAUUCACCAGCAUGAGAAGAAGGUGAUGUUUCCAGAACAUAUUUGUCUGUUGCCAGAAGAUGUGAAUAAACAGAUCAGGACUUGUAAGAAUACCCAAGCUAGUCUGAAGGCCUAUCAAAAUGAGGUCACAGGGUUGUGGGCUCAAGGAAGGGAUUUAAUGAAAGAAGCAACAAAUCAAGAGAAGAGUGAGGUGUUAGGUAAACUGCAAGAACUACAGAAUGUAUAUGACACUGUUUUACAAAAGUGUAACCAGAGAUUGUUAGAACUAGAGAAAAAUAUUGUUUCCAGGAAAUAUUUCAAAGAAGAUUUGGAUAAAGCUUGCCAUUGGCUAAAACAAGCUGAUAUUGUCACAUUCCCAGAAGUCAAUGUAAUGAAUUCUGACACUGAGUUAUGCAGCCAGUUGGCUAAAUAUCAACAGAUUCUUGAGCAAUCUCCAGAAUAUGAAAAUCUGUUACUUGCACUGCAAAGAGAUGGCCAAGAAGUCCUACCAUCACUAAAUGAAGUGGAUCAUUCUUAUCUAGAUGAAAAACUUAACAACCUCCCUCAGCAAUUCAAUAUUGUCACUGCUCUGGCAAAAGAAAAGUUAUAUAAGGUUCAGGAAGCAAUUUAUGCCAGGAAAGAGUAUGCCUCUUUGAUUGAGUUGACGAGUAAAGCACUGACUGAGCUAGAAGACCAGUUUGUUAACAUGGACAAAGCUCCAGCUGCUGUUUCAGCCAAAGAAGCUGCAUCACUCCAGCAGACCUACAGAGAUCUCUUAGGUGAAGCCACGAGCCUUGCUGCAGCAGUGGAUGAACUGAACCAGAAGAAGGAGGCUUUUCGAAGCACUGGCCAGCCCUGGCAGCCAGAUGAGAUGUUAAAACUUGCCACGCUAUAUCACAAGUUGAAGAGGCAAAUAGAACAGAAAAUCAACCUGUUGGAAGACACAAUAGAAGCAUGCCAGGAGCAUGAGAAGAUGUGUAUGCAGUUUGAGGCACAGCUAGAGACAGUGAAAAAGGAGCAGGUUAAGGUGAAUGAAGAAACUCUGCCAAUAGAAGAAAAGUUGAAAAUUUACAAUUCUCUGGUGGGCAGCUUGCAAGACUCAGGAAGUCUUCUGAAGCGAAUAACUGAACAUCUAGAAGCCCUUUCUGCUCAGGUUGACUCAUCUGCAUAUGAGAGAACAAAUCACCAAGUUCAGGCUUGGCAAGAGCAGCUGAAGUCUUUGCAUUCUGCCAUUGUUGACACGGUGAUGGAGUGUGAGAGCAGACUUGUGCAGAGCAUUGACUUCAAGACAGAAAUCUGCCGCUCACUCGACUGGUUGAGGUGGGUGAAAACAGAACUUAAUGGAACAGUAAGUUUGGACCUCAAACUGCAGAACAUCCAAGAAGAAAUCCGAAAGGUUCAGAUACAUCAGGAAGAAGUGCAGUCAAGCCUCAGAAUAAUGAAUGCACUGAGCAAUAAAGAGAAAGAGCGCUAUAUGAAAGCAAAGGAGCUGAUACCUGCUGACCUGGAAAACACUCUUGCUGAACUGGCAGAACUGGAUGGUGAAGUUCAAGAAGCUAUACAUGUGAGACAGGCUACCUUGAAUAAAGCAUAUAGCCUCUGCCAAAGGUACUACCAAGUGAUGCAGAUUGCCAAUGACUGGCUGGAAGACGCUCAGGAAUUUCUGCAGUUAGCAAGAAAUGGUCUAGAUGUUGAGAACUCCGAGGAGAAUCUAAGGAAUCAUGUUGAAUUUUUCAGCACAGAAAGUCAGUUUAAUGAUCAUUUGAAAGAGUUACAAGGCCUUGUGUCUGAGAUAGAGCCCUUUCUAGAAACCACAGCAAGUGAACAGUUGGUGCAGAAUGUAGCUGCAUUGGAGGAAAAGGCCAAAGGGACAGAGCAAGAAGCCAAAAAUCAGCAAGAGCAGUUACAAAGGUGUGCUUCUGAGUGGCAGGAGUACCAGACAUCAAGGCAGAAGGUGAUUGAAGUGAUGAAUGAUGCUGAGAAAAAGUUAUCUGAAUUCUCAGUAGCUAAAGCUGCUUCUUCUCAUGAAGCAGAAGAGAAAUUGCUAACACAUAAGACUCUCGUGUCCAUAGUGAAUUCUUUCCAUGAGAAGAUCACAGCCCUAGAGGAAAAGGCUUUGCAGCUGGAAAAAAUCAGCAAUGAUGCCAGUAAGGCAUCUAUAAGUAGAUCCAUGACUACAGUUUGGCAGCGCUGGACACGGCUCCGGAACGUAGCCCAGGAACAAGAGAAAAUUUUGGAAGAUGCAGUGGAGGAAUGGAAGGGUUUUAAUGAUAAGAUUCAGAAAGCCACCAUAGCUAUAGAUCAGCUACAAGGUCGCUUACCAGAAAGCUCAGUGGAAAAGGCAUCCAAGACAGAGCUCCUGGAACUCCUGGAUUACCACGGCAGUUUCCUGCUGGAGGUGGACCAACAGCUGUCAUCUUUGGGCCUGCUCAAACAGCAUGCUGUUGGCAUGUUCCAGGAUGUGGAAGUAAAGCCUCCAUCUCAGAGGGAACUACCAGUUAUGCAAGAAAUCAAAGCAAUGCAAGAUCGAUGCCACAAUAUGCAACAGAAAGUUAAAAAAGGCAUGAAGAUGGUGAAACAGGAGCUGAAGGAGCGUGAGGAGGUUGAAGCAGAGAUUAAUAUUGUGAAGUCCUGGAUCCAGGAAACAAAAGAAUAUUUAUUAAGCCCUGAUGCAGAAGUAGACAUUCAACUUCAGGAGCUGCAGUCUCUCUUUGGUGAAGCUACUACUCAUCGCCAGGCUGUUGAAAAACUGGCUGAACAACAACAGAAUAAAUACUUGGGGCUUUAUACCAUUUUGCCUUCUGAACUCUCUCUUCAUUUAGCAGAAGUUGGACUGGCCCUCGUAACUGUACAGGAUCAGAUUCAAACCAAAGAGAGAGAAACUCAGCAAAUCAAAACAUUGAAUCAAGAGUUUGAUCAGAAAAUCCAGGGGAUAGCAAAUGAAUUAAAUACCAUUCUUUCCAAACUGAAAAAGAAAACAAAUGACAUAGCACAAGCUAAACUCGAACAAAAGAUCCUUGGUGACGAGUUGGACAGCUGCAAUAUAAAGCUGUUGGAAUUAGAUGCAUCAGUCCAGGACUUUGCAGAGCAGAACGUGCCCCUGGCUAAGCAGCUGGCUAACAGGAUAGGGAAACUCACUGCCCUGCACCAGCAGACCAUACGGCAGGCUGAGUACAGAGCAGCCAAGCUCAGUCAGGCUGCUUCACACUUGGAAGAAUACAAUGAGAUGCUGGAGUUCAUAUUGAAAUGGAUUGAGAAAGCAAAUAUCCUAGUGCAUGGUAGUAUAACAUGGAAUUCUUCCUCUCAGCUUCGUGAUCAGUUUAAAGCCUACCAGAGCAUUCUUGAUGAGUCUGGAGAGAUUCACGGGGAUCUCGAGGCCAUGAGCGAGAGGAUUGAUUACCUGGCAAGUGUGUACUGUACCGAAGGGUUGUCACAGCAAGUGCUGGAACUGGGGCGGCGCACGGAGGAGUUGCAGCAAGUUAUCAAAGUGCAGCUGCCAAACCUCCAAGAUGCUGCCAAGGAUAUGAAGAAAUUUGAAAUCGAGCUGAGAGCCCUACAGGCUGCUUUGGAGCAAGCCCAAGCCAUGCUGACAUCUCCAGAGCUUGGGCAUUUGAGCUUGAAGGAGCAGCUUUCUCACAGACAGCAUCUGUUGUCGGAAAUGGAGUCGCUGAAGCCGAAAGUUCAGGCAGUCCAGGAGUGCCAGAGCGGCCUGCGGAUUCCUGAGGAGGUGGUCACCAGCCUGCCCAUGUGCCACAGUGCGCUGCGGCUCCAGGAGGAGGCCAGCCGCCUGCAGCACACGGCCAUCCAGCAGUGCAACAUCAUGCAGGAAGCAGUGGUUCAGUAUGAGCAAUAUGAGCAAGAAAUGAAACACUUGCAGCAGAUGAUAGAGAGCGCCCAUCGUGAGAUCCAAGACAAGCCAAUAGCAACCAGCAACAUCCAGGAGCUCCAGGUCCAGAUUUCACGUAAUGAGGAGCUGGCUCAGAAGAUCAAAGGAUACCAGGAGCAGAUUGCUUCUUUGAAUUCCAAGUGCAAGAUGCUGACGAUGAAAGCAAAACAUGCCACCAUGCUGCUGACAGUGACAGAAGUGGAGGGGCUGUCCGAGGGAAUGGAGGAGCUGGAUUCAGACCUGCUCCCAGCACACCCCACUCAUCCCUCGGUGGUUAUGAUGACUGCUGGUCGCUGUCACACGCUGCUCUCCCCUGUCACUGAGGAGUCUGGGGAGGAGGGAACCAACAGUGAGAUUUCUUCUCCACCUGCCUGUCGCUCUCCCUCACCUGUGGCUAAUACAGAUGCUUCUGUUAACCAGGACAUUGCUUAUUACCAAGCCUUAUCUGCUGAACAGUUGCAGACAGAAGCUGCUAAAAUUCAAUCCAGCACCUCAGCCACCCAGGAGUUUUAUGAACCAGGCUUAGAAUCAUCUGCUAGUGCCAAAUUGGAUGAUUUGCAGCGUUCUUGGGAAACACUGAAAAAUGUGAUCAGUGAAAAGCAGCGCACACUCUAUGAAGCUCUUGAGCGUCAACAGAAGUAUCAGGACACACUCCAGUCUAUAUCCACGAAAAUGGAGACCACUGAAAUCAAGCUAAAUGAGAGUUUGGAACCAGCCAAAAGCCCAGAGAGCCAGAUGGCUGAACAUCAGGCUUUGAUGGAUGAAAUUUUAAUGUUACAAGAAGAAAUCAGUGAGCUUCAGACAUCAUUGGCCCAGGAGCUUGUUUCAGAACCACUGGAUGCAGAAGGUGCUGAUCAAAUGGCAUUGCAGUCCACCCUCACAGUCUUGGCAGAACGAAUGGCCACGAUUCGAAUGAAGGCAUCAGGAAAGCGACAGCUAUUAGAGGAAAGACUAAAUGAGCAGCUGGAAGAGCAGCGGCAGGAGCAGGCUCUCCAGAGGUACCGCUGUGAAGCUGAUGAGCUUGACCACUGGCUCCUCAGUACCCGAGCAACGCUGGACACCGCUCUGCUGCCUGCCGAAGAACCCAUGGACAUGGAAGCACAGCUGGUGGACUGUCAGAACAUGCUGGUUGAAAUAGAACAGAAGGUGGUGGCCUUGUCAGAGUUGUCUGUGCACAACGAGAACUUGCUUAUGGAAGGGAAGGCUCACACCAAGGACGAGGCAGAGCAGCUGGCUGUGAAGCUCAGGACACUGAAGGGCAGCCUUCUGGAGCUGCAGAGAGUGCUCCAUGACAAACAGAUCAACAUUCGGCAGGGAUCUUUACAAGAAAAGGAGGAGACUGAUCUGGACUUCAUUUCCUCACAAAGCCCCAGCGUUCAAGAAUGGCUGGCACAAGCAAGAACUACUCGCUCACAGCAGCAGCAGACUACCCUGCAGCAACAGAAAGAGCUGGAGCAAGAGCUAGAACAGCAGAAGAAUCUGCUUCGAUCAGUAGCGUGCCGUGGAGGAGAGAUCCUAACGCAGCAAAGCUCCACUGAAGGCCUCUCUAUAAGUGAGAAGCCUGAUGCACUCUCUGAGGAAUUAGUCUUAGAAGGUGAGAAGCCAUCAUCUGAAGAACAGAUGAAGAGGAAAUGGGAAAGCCUAAACCAGGAAUUCAGUACCAAGCAGAGACUGCUCCAGAAAGCUUUGGAAAAAGAACAGCUGCAGCUUUAUAGCAGACCAAACAGACUAAUACCUGGAAUGCCUUUGUAUAAGGAGGAGACACAGGAUGAAGAGAAAUCCUUAGUGUCACCAGUACUGGUUGAAUUGAAUCAGGCCUUUGAAGAUGUCUCAUCUGAGGCUGGACAGGUGGAGGAGACCCUGCAUCUUGAGCAGAAGCUGUAUGAUGGUGUCACUGCCACAUCCGUGUGGCUGGAUGGAGUGGAAGAGCAAGUCUUUGUUGCUACAGCUCUGUUGCCAGAGGAAGAAACAGAAACCUACCUCUGCAAGCAAGAGUCUCUUGCCAAAGAAAUCAAAGACAUAACAGAAGAAGUGGAUAAGAACAAGAAUUUGUUUGCUCAGAUAUUUCCUGAGAGCAGUGAUAAGAGGGUUAUUAUAGAAGACACUUUGGAUUUUCUCCUGAGAAGAUUGACUUUACUGGAGUCAGUGGUAAAUCAGAGAUGCCAGCAGAUGAAAGGACGGCUCCAGCAAAUCAUCACAUUCAAGAAUGAUCUGAAGCUCAUGUUUACAUCGGUGGCUGAUAACAAAUACUUAGUUCUACAGAAAUUAGCAGAAGCAGCUGACAGACCAGAAACAGAACAAAUGCAGGUCAUACUGCAGGCAGAAGAAGGUUUAAAGGAACUAGAUGCUGGAAUCAGUGAAUUAAAGAAGCGCAUAGACAAGCUACAAUUGGACCAACCUUCUGUACAAGAGUUGUCUAAGAUCCAGGAUAAGUAUGAUGAGCUGCUGAUGAUCAUUGGAUCCAGGCGGAGCGAUCUGAAUCAGAAUAUGGCUCUUAAGAGGCAGUACGAGCGGGCUUUGCAGGACCUGGCUGACCUGGUAGAAACAGGCCAAGAAAAAAUGGCUGGGGACCAGAAAAUGAUUGUUUCUUCCAAGGAAGAGGUUCAAUCACUGCUUGAAAAACAUAAGGAAUAUUUUCAAGGGUUGGAGUCUCACAUGAUCCUGACAGAAACACUUUUUAGAAAGAUGAGUAGCCUUGCCCUCUUGAAGGAAACUCAGUCCCAUUCAGAGAUAAUGACACGAGCUUCAGCUAUAUUAAAGCUGGCUCAUAAACGAGGUGUGGAGCUGGAGUACAUUCUAGAGACCUGGAUGCACCUGGAUGAAGAUUACCAGGAACUCACCAGACAGCUGGAGUCUGUUGAAGGAAACAUCCCCACUGUUGGUUUGGUAGAGGAGACAGAGGACAGGCUUACAGACCGGAUUACACUUUUUCAGCACCUGAGAUCUAACCUGACUGAAUACCAGCCUAAAUUAUACCAAGUGCUAGAUGAUGGGAAGAGACUCCUUUUUUCUGUUAGCUGCUCAGAACUUGAAGGUCAACUGAACCAACUAGGAGAAUGCUGGUUAAGUAACACCACCAAAGUCACCAAGGAGCUUCACAGGCUGGAAACAAUACUGAAGCACUGGACAAGGUAUCAGAGUGAAUCAAAUGAAUUGACACAGUGGUUGCAAUCUGCAAAGGAGCGACUUGAGUUUUGGAGCCAGCAGUCUUUGACUGUUCCUCAGGAACUAGAAACAGUCCGAGACCACCUGAACUCCUUUUUGGAGUUUUCAAAAGAAGUGGAUGCUAAAUCAUCACAGAAGUCUUCUGUCUUGAGUACUGGGAACCAACUCCUCAGACUUAAGAAAGUAGAUACAGCUGCAUUGCGUGCAGGAUUGUCCCACAUCGAAACCCAGUGGACAGAGCUUCUCACACAAAUCCCAGCAGUACAAGAGAAGUUGCAUCAGCUUCAGAUGGACAAAAUUCCUUCUCGUCAUGCCAUCACUGAAGUCAUGACCUGGAUUUCGUUGAUGGAAAAUGUAAUUCAGCAGGAUGAAGAAAAUAUAAAAAAUGUAGUAGGACAGAAAGCAAUUCAGGGUUACGUCCAGAAGUACAAGGGUUUCAAGAUAGAUUUAAAUUGCAAACAGUUGACUGUCGACUUUGUGAACCAGUCAGUGCUACAAAUCAGCAGCCAGGAUGUUGAAAGUAAACGCAGUGACAAAACUGAUUUUGCAGAACAGCUCGGAGCAAUGAACAGACGUUGGCAGAUCCUGCAAGGCCUGAUAACAGAAAAGAUCCAGCUUCUGGAAAGUUUGCAGGAAUCCUGGACAGAGUAUGAAAAUAAUGUGCAGUGCCUAAAAACUUGGUUUGAAACCCAGGAGAAGAAGCUGAAACAGCAACAAAAAAUUGGAGACCAGGCUUCAGUGCAGAAUGCUUUGAAAGACUGUCAGGAAUUAGAAGAAUCAAUAAGAGCAAAGGAAAAAGAAGUGGAGAACGUGGAACAGAGUGGUCUUUCUUUAGUACAAAACAAGAAAGAAGAAGUCUCUUCUGCUGUUAUGAAUACACUGCAAGAAAUUAACCAUUCCUGGGCCAAUUUGGAUCACAUGGUUAGCCAACUGAAGAUAUUGUUGCAAUCCGUUCUUGAUCAGUGGAGCGUUUACAAAGUGGCUUAUGAAGAGCUGAACAAUUACCUGACAGAAGCCAGAUAUUCUUUGUCCCGUUUUUAUCUUCUUACUGGUUCUCUGGAAGCUGUGAAAGUCCAAGUUGAUAAACUGAAGAGCCUACAAGAUGAAUUGGAAAAGCAAGAGAAUAACUUACAGAAAUUUGGUUCUGUGACCAAUGAGUUGUUGAAAGAAUGUCACCCACCAGUGACUGAAACACUUACCAGCACUUUGAAAGAAGUAAAUAUGAGGUGGAACAACCUCCUGCAGGAGAUCGCGGAGCGGCUGCGGGCCAGCAGGGCCCUGCUCCAGCUGUGGCACAGCUACAAGGACUGCUACCAGCAGUGCUCUUCCACCGUCCGCCAGCGAGAAGAGCAGACCAGUGAGCUCCUCAGGGCUGCAACCAGCAAGGACAUCGCUGAUGAUGAAGUUACUGCUUGGAUUCGGGACUGCAAUGAUGUACUCACGGAUUUGAAAACAGCCCAGGAGUCUCUGGUUGUGCUUCAAGAACUGGGAGAGGAGCUUAAAAGCCAGGUGGAGGCUUCAGCAGCAGCAGCCAUACAGUCUGAUAAUCUCUCUCUGAGCCAGAAUCUGUCAGCCCUAGAGCAAGCUCUCCGCAAGCAGCAGGCUGCACUUCAGGCUGGAGUUCUGGACUAUCAAGCCUUUGCCGAGAACCUGGAAGUCCAUGAGACCUGGAUAACAGAAGCAGAAGAAACAUUGAAAGAACAGGAUCCCAGUCACUCAUCAGAUGUCUUGGCAAUACAGAGUAGAAUGGAGCAACUCAAGAGUCAAAUGCUGAAGUUCAGCAGCAUGGCCCCUGAUUUGGACCGUCUUAAUGAGCUGGGUUACAGGCUUCCUCUGAAUGACAAGGAAAUCAAAAGGAUGCAGAACCUGAACAGACAUUGGUCUCUGAUCUCAUCUCAGACUACAGAGAGAUUCAGUAAGUUGCAGUCUUUCUUGCUGCAGCAGCAGACCUUCUUGGAGAAAUGUGGGACUUGGAUGGAUUUAUUGGUUCAGACUGAGCAGAAGUUGGCAGUAGAGGUUUCAGGAAACUACCAAAGGCUUCUAGAGCAACAGAGGGAACACGAGCUGUUCCAGGCAGAGAUGUUCAGCCGCCAGCAGAUUUUGCAUUCCAUUAUCUCUGAUGGGCAGCACCUCCUAGAACAAGGACAGGUGGAUGACAGGGAUGAAUUCAGUCUGAAUCUGACUCUUCUGAGUAACCAGUGGCAAGGAGUGAUUCGCCGGGCGCAGCAGAUGCGGGGGAUCAUCGACAGCCGCAUUCACCAGUGGCAGCGCUACAGGGAGAUGGCGGAGAGGCUGCGCAAGUGGCUGCUGGAGAUGUCCUGUCAGCCAGUAACUGAGCUGGGCAGUGCUCCCAUCCCAUUGCAGCAAGCAAGAGUGCUGCUGGAUGAAGUGCAGCUUAAAGAAAAAGUUCUCUUAAGGCAGCAAGGGAGUUACAUCCUCACUGUGGAGGCUGGGAAGCAACUGCUGCUCUCUGCUGACAGUGGAGCUGAGGCAGUCCUGCAGGCAGAGCUUACUGAAAUCCAGGAGCGCUGGAAGAUAGUUAGCACUCAACUGGAGCAACAAAAGAAACAGCUUACUUUGCUGCUAAAAGACUGGGAAAAAUGUGAAAAGGGCAUAGGAGACUCCCUGGAGAAGCUAAGAUCAUUCAAAAAAAAGCUUUCUCAGCCUUUGCCAGAUCACCAUGACGAGUUGCAUGCAGAGCAGAUUCGUUGCAAGGAGUUAGAGAAUGCUGUUGAAGGCUGGACAGAUGACCUUGCACACCUCUCCCUGCUGAAGGAGACCCUGUCUGUAUAUAUCAGCGCAGACGAUAUUUCAAUCCUGAGUGAGCGAAUAGAGCUCCUGCACAGGCAGUGGGAGGAGCUGUGCCACCAGGUCUCCUUGCGUCGACAACAAGUUAGUGAGAGACUGAAUGAGUGGGCUGUCUUCAGUGAGAAGAACAAGGAGCUCUGUGAAUGGCUGACUCAAAUGGAAAGUAAGGUGUCUCAAAAUGGUGACAUCCUCAUCGAAGAAAUGAUCGAGAAACUUAAAAAGGACUAUCAAGAGGAAAUUGCUGUAGCCCAGAAGAACAAAAUCCAGCUUCAGCAAAUGGGAGAGAGACUUGCUAAAGCCAGCCAUGAGAGUAAGGCAUCAGAAAUUGAGUACAAACUUGGCAAGAUCAAUGACAGGUGGCAGCAUCUUCUAGAUCUUAUUGCAGCCAGGGUAAAGAAGUUGAAGGAAACCCUUGUUGCAGUGCAGCAGCUGGAUAAAAACAUGAGUACUCUGAGAUCUUGGCUUGCCCACAUUGAGUCAGAGCUGUCCAAACCUAUCGUCUAUGAAACUUGUGACUCUGAGGAGAUACAAAGGAAGCUAAAUGAACAGCAGGAACUCCAGAGGGACAUAGAGAAGCACAGCACUGGCGUGGCAUCUGUUCUCAAUCUGUGUGAAGUACUUCUUCAUGACUGUGAUGCCUGUGCCACAGAGGCAGAGUGUGACUCUAUCCAGCAGGCUACACGCAAUCUGGACAGAAGGUGGAGAAAUAUUUGUGCAAUGUCAAUGGAAAGGCGACUUAAAAUUGAAGAGACCUGGCGGCUAUGGCAAAAAUUUUUGGAUGACUACUCUAGAUUUGAAGAGUGGCUAAAAGCCUCUGAGAGGACAGCUGCUUUCCCAAGCUCCUCUGGUGUGCUUUACACUGUUGCUAAGGAAGAACUGAAGAAAUUUGAGGCUUUCCAGAGACAAGUGCAUGAAAGCCUGACUCAGCUGGAGCUGAUCAAUAAGCAGUACCGGCGCCUGGCGCGGGAGAACCGCACUGACUCCGACGGCAGCCUCAAGCAGAUGGUUCACGAGGGGAACCAAAGAUGGGACAAUUUACAGAAGCGAGUCACCUCCAUCCUGCGCAGGCUAAAACAUUUUAUUGGCCAGCGUGAGGAGUUUGAAACAGCUCGUGACAGCAUCCUGGUAUGGCUAACAGAGAUGGACCUGCAGCUGACCAACAUUGAGCAUUUCUCAGAGUGUGAUGUCCAAGCAAAAAUAAAGCAACUUAAGGCUUUCCAGCAAGAAAUUUCUCUGAACAACAACAAAAUUGAGCAGAUAAUUGUGCAAGGUGAGCAACUCAUUGAGAAAAGCGAGCCCCUGGAUGCAGCUGUGAUUGAAGAAGAACUCGAUGAGCUGCGUCGUUACUGCCAAGAGGUCUUUGGGCGUGUGGAGCGCUAUCACAAGAAACUUAUCCGCCUACCUCUAACAGAUGACGAGCACGACCUCUCUGACAGAGAGGUGGAUCUGGAUGAAUCAGCAGAUCUCUCUGACAUACGCUGGCAUGACAAAUCUGCGGACAGCGUUCUGUCCCCGCACCCCUCUUCCAACCUUUCGCUGCCUCUUUCCCAGCCGCUGAGGAGCGAGCGAUCGGGGCGAGACACCCCUGCGAGCGUGGACUCCAUCCCCCUGGAGUGGGAUCACGACUACGACCUUAGCAGGGACCUGGAGACAGCCGUCUCACGGGCACUGCACUCAGAAGAAGAGGGAGGACAAGACAAAGACUUCUACCUGAGAGGAGCAGCCGGCAUAGCAGAUGUAGAGAUCCCUGAAACUGUUGAGGCCUAUGUAACACUCACAGAAAACACCCUCAAAAACAUCUCUGGUGAGCCGGGUGCCCUGGAAGCACAUAUCCGACAGCUGGACAAGGCCUUGGACACCAGUCGCUUCCAGAUCCAGCAAACAGAGAACAUCAUCCGCAGCAAGACACCUACAGGACCAGAGCUGGAUUCCACUUACAAAGGAUAUAUGAAACUGCUGGGUGAAUGCAGUGGAAGCAUAGACUCGGUAAGAAGGCUUGGAUAUAAACUGAAGGAGGAAGAAGAAAAAUUUUCAGGACUCAUUAACAUGAACAGUACUGAAACACAAACAGCUGGUGUAAUUGAAAGAUGGGAAUUAAUCCAGGCUCAAGCUCUAAGCAAGGAGCUGAGGAUGAAGCAGAACCUUCAGCAAUGGCAGCAGUUCAACUCCGACCUUAAUAGCAUCUGGACUUGGUUGGGAGAAACUGAAGAGGAACUGGAGAAGCUCCACCGCCUUGAUCUCAGCACUGACAUACAAACUAUUGAGAGCAGAAUUAAAAAACUGAAAGGGCUGCAGAAAGCGAUUGAUAACCGCAAAGCCAUCAUCUUGUCCAUCAAUCUGUGCAGCUCGGAGUUCACUCAGUCUGACAGCGAGGAGAGCAAGAAGCUCCAGGAGCGCCUGUCUCAGAUGAACGUGCGCUGGGAGCACGUGUGCAGCAUGAUCGAGGACUGGCGCAGCUCCUUGCAGGACGCAUUAAUACAGUGCCAGGAUUUCCAUGAACUGAGCCACGGUUUGCUGCUUUGGUUGGAGAAUAUUGACAGAAGAAAAAAUGAGAUUGUGCCCAUCAAUCCAAACCAGGACUCAGAAAUACUGCAGGAUCAGCACAGACUUCUGAUGCAAAUCAGACGUGAACUGCUGGAGUCUCAGUUGAAGGUGGCAUCACUGCAAGAUAUGUCUUGCCAAUUGCUAGUCAAUGCUGAAGGCAAGGAUUGUCUUGAAGCCAAAGAAAAGGUACAUGUCAUUGGAAACAGACUGAAGCUCCUCUUGAAAGAGGUUACACAUCAUAUUAAAGACCUAGAGAAAAUUCUAGACAUUUCAAGUAGUCAACUGGAAUUGUCCUCGUGGUCUUCCGAUGAAUUAGACACAUCAGGCUCAGUGAGUCCUGUAUCUGGAAGAAGCACUCCAAGCAGACAGAGAACGCCACGGGGCAAAUGUAGUCUCUCACAGCCUGGACCCUCUGUCAGCAGUCCACAUAGCAGGUCCACAAGAGGUGGCUCAGGUUCCUCCCGUUCUGAGGCUGGGCCAGCCUGGCGGUGCCCGUCCUUCUUGCUGCGAGUCCUCAGAGCUGCUCUGCCGCUCCAGCUGCUCCUGCUGCUCCUGAUGGGGCUGGCCUGCCUGGUGCCAAUGACCGAGGAGGAUUACAGCUGUGCUAUGGCAAACAACUUUGCCCGCUCUUUCCACCCCAUGCUAAAAUACAUGAAUGGUCCUCCUCCCUUGUGAAGGGGAGCUGGGAGACCUUGCUGGAGUGCUGGCUGGGAGCAAGGUGGUUUUAAAGGGUGGCAGGGCUCAGCGUGGCAGCUUUACCUGUCUGCUGUGGCCACCACUGUGCCCAUACCUUUCUCUGCUGGCACUCGGCUGGAAAGGCAUCAGUGUAUCAGUAUCAAACUGCACAACGUAUUACUGAGUAGCAUCAUUUCAAUACUCGCAUCCUGGGUACUGAGGAGGAUGCAGUGUAUGUGAGGGAAACCUCUUCUGUACAGCUUUUGGGAUCUUCUAGCCACUUUAUAUCCAGGUCAUUGCCCUGUACUAUGCAUAGCCAAGGACUUGAUACUGUAGAUCCUUUCCUGUGUGCUGCUCUAAAUGACCCGUUAGCCAGUCUUUGUUAAUACCCUCUCAGUAUCUACAGUAUACAAAAUAACCAAUGCUUAAGGAAUUUUAGAGCAUUUGUAACAUACAAUUUUAAAGAAUCUUGUAUGGCAGUGUAUUAUUCCCUGUGGUUUCUGUUUCAGGCAUGGUGUUCUAACUUUUGCUUUGGAUGCACAAGGUGUAAAUCUGAGAAGCACUUUUUUAAGGUUUAAAAAAAUGGAUGUAAUAAAUAAGAUUGCAGAAGUUUUUAUGAGGAAAAAAUGUUGAAUGUCAAGUUGAAAAACAAAGAACAUAUUUAUGUAUGUACAGUUUGCUAAGCCAAGUUUUGUUUGUAUUGAUUUCUUUGCAUUUAUUAUAGAUACCAUAAAAUAUUUUGUCUACGUGCUUUUUAAUGACAAAUAUGGAAAUCUCUAAGUUUAGAAUGAGGUAUGUAUGGUAUAAAAAAUAGAAGACAUCCAUAUGCUGCACUUCAAAAAAGAAUUUAAAAAUUCUGUAACAAAUUAAUGGCAUUAGGUAUAUGUUUGAAUGACAAGAUCUGGAAAAUGACAACUGGCAGAAUACAUGGGAAAGUAUCACAUUAGGAGUUGUGCUAAUUUGGAAAGCAGUACAUGUUUUGGAUUAAUGAUUCAUCACUUCAGGUUUUUCUUUUUUUCAAGCUACUUCUUGAAGUUCUCUCUCACUUGUGUGGGUUUUUUUUCCUGUCUCUGUUUCUGUGCAUGCAUUCAUGUGCAAGCUUUGACAAUUGGGGUUGUACCAAUACACACUGAAGUGGAUUUUUUCCUGUGGGUAUACUGGAAGCUUCCUAAUAUUCUCCAUAGCGGCUCAAUACCAAGAUAGAUAUUUAUGUUUUACCCAUCAUUAUUUUAGUGGAAUA